AAAAGAAUUGCCUUUUCAAGCACAUCAAUAAUACACAUUGGCCUCGAACCAUCAUCAUGCUUGGGCUCCAAGGAUAUGAGCUCGGACUAGGGGACUGUAUGGCCAUCAAGGCAUCCAUGGGUCUUGUCGUGAAGGAUUUCCUUGCGCGGAGCACUGUCGCAACGCGGGACGUCGAUGCCCUCCACGACGGGUACAAGCUCGUGACCAGCAAACCAAAUUCUCGCGUGUACUCUCGCCGUGCGGCACAUCCGUCCUUAAAAGAGUGCUUGACCAUCGGGCGCACAACUGACCUGUCGCUGGAGGACUUGAGCUACCUGGUGUACUCGGACACGACCGAACAGUUCAAAUCCGACCAGGCCAUCUACUACGAGCACAACUUCCACGACGCGGCGGUGUUGUCCAACGUGCACAAGAAAACGGCCGACGAUCCGUUCCUUUACUUUGGUGUCAAGUACAAGCGGUUGUCUAUUCCUAGCAGCGGUCUGGCCGAAGUGCGCGACACCGUUUUCUUUGAGUACUCUGGCACGGCCCACGACGCCGCUGGCAACCGAGUUUUUUUCAUCGUCCGGGACUCCGAGUUCCUUCAAAACGUGCCGCCAACUCCAAACGUCGUGCGCCUUCAGUUCCGCGCGCUGUUUCUGUUCACAGAGCUCGACGAUGGGUCCGUGGAAUGCGUGAGCCGCAACUUCAUGAACCCCAACGGCAUCAUUCCUGCCUGGAUGUGCAAUCGUCAACUCGUCCGGUAUGCCGCCCUCAUUGAGACCCUUCCCACGGCGCUACAGUACAAGCGAUUUCUCGACAAGGUCAAGCUCAACCCUGCGAGGAGGCCGCGUAAAUUCAGCGCGAAAACAUGCAUUGCGUGCAAUUCGAAAAUGAGUGCGUUUACGUUCAAGGCGCUGUACAAUUGCGCGUAUUGCGGCGAGGUCAUGUGUGCAAAGUGUGUCGUGCCGGUACCCCGUGCCAUCAAGACCAACUCCCCCCCCGCUUGCGCCAAGGACGACUUUUGCAAGCGAUGCUUUGUGGAAGCCCAGACCGGCCGCGUGCCGUCGGCGGCGACAGGCUCGCGCAGCAGUAGUGGUGACUUCUCAACCAAGGGCAACAACGUCGACGUGGAAGGCAGCAACCUCACGAGUACGACCACCCAAGAUGAGCUGUUCGAAACGUAUGUGAGCACGUGCAAUGCCAUUGUCAAGCCUGGCAUGUUCGCCAAGGAAGGAGGAGCGUCGUCGACGUCGUCGUCCGCUGCCACGAGCCUCAACUCGGUCUCGACCCCGCUGUCGUCGCGCGAUCCGUCGGCAGCGUUCACACAGCUGCAAGUGUCGAUCGAACAGCAAAAGGCGCUCGUGUCUCAAAUGCAACAGCGCCUCGAGUCGCGGUCGCAGGUUGGGUAGGGUCGAUAUUUGGUCGUAUUAGUUACUAUUUUUUGUCCAAAGCUGAUUCGAAACAGACGUGUACAUUCACGAAAAUCGACGACUCACUUGAUACAGACUUGACGACGUUACCUCAUGACAGGGUCCAUUGAUUGGUGGCGUGUAGAAGUCCAGAUCGAACGCACAUCCCUUUGGUCAGUGCUAGUAACAGAAUAAUCAUAGCGACUAAUAUUCCCCCA